AUGGGAAGUUUAGGAAAUGGAUUCAUAGUCCUGGUGAACUGCAUGGACUGGGUCAAGAGGAGGAAGCUCUCUUCAGCAGAUAAGAUCCUCACUGCUCUGGCCGUCUCCAGGAUUGCUAUGCUUUGCUUGGUACUCAUAAGUCUGCUGGUAACUAUGUUACACCCAGGUUUGUUGACUUCAAAAAUGGUCAGAGUGACUGAUGUUAUCUGGACAGUGACCAAUCAUUUUAACCUCUGGCUCACUACCAGCCUCAGUAUCUUUUAUUUUCUCAAGAUAGCCACAUUUUCAAACUCUAUUUUUCUUUACCUAAAGUGGAGAGUUAAAAGGGUAACUUCAGUGACAUUACUGGUGUCUCUGCUUAUCUUGUUUUUGGAUAUUCUCAUUACACACAAGUACCAUAACAUCAGGGAUGGUGGAUCCAAAGGGACUAAGCCUACUGGUUCCAGUUCAAGGAACUCUACAGAGUCUUCUAAAGCUCUCUUAGUUACCCACUCUGUGUUCAUGUUGGUGCCGUUCACCGUGUCCAUGAUGGCUUUUCUGUUGCUCAUCUUCUCCCUCUGGCGACAUCUGAAGCAGAUGCAGAUCACCAUGACAGGACCUAGAGAUGCCAGCACCACUGCCCAUGUGAAAGCCUUGCUCACUGGCAUUGCCCUCCUGUUUCUGCAUGCCAUCUUCUCAGUCUCUCUUGUCAUAGAAAUAUCAAGCUUUGACUUGCUGGAGGAGAGUCUGAUCAUUUUAAUAGAACAUGCCACUGGGAUAGCUUUUCCUUCUAGCCACUCAUUUGUCCUGAUUCUGGGAAACAGUAAGCUGAGACGGGCCUCUCUUUCUGUGCUGUGGCAGCUGACAUGCUGGUCAAAAGAUAGGGAGCCCUCAGCCCACUAA